AUGGCCACUCAAAACAACCCCGCCCAGGUUCAGCAGCUUGAGGAGAAGAUGACAGCGCUGAUUGAGGCGUUCGAAGCACAUCCCCAAGUCCAACCGCCAAACCCACACCCAACAGCCUUCUUCCUCCUAGACUUCGUCCGCAAUUCGCACCGCAUGCUGAAGUCCGUCGACGCCGACAAGUACGCCUCUGGCGACAGCGCCGCCAAUGAGACCAUGAAGGAAGUCAUUGGCCGCAACCAGUUUGCCAACUUGCUACUCAACGACUCAACCGGCAAGCUUUCCCUCAUGACCGGCAGUGACCCGUCGAAUCCAAUCGAUUUCGGACCAGAUAUCAAAGCCAAGGCGAAGGCUUUGAACUAG